CUCUGUCCGAAGAAAAAGAUUUUAAGUUGACAGAAGGCCCGAUUAAGGAAUGUGGCUCUCAGCCUCUCUGUUCUCUCAGCAGAAAACAACAGCCCUGCAAAGUUACUCUUGCCAAAAUGGUUCUUGAUAUAUUACAGUGCACGUAACCACAGGCUUGCAGGCAGCUGGAAUUGUGCAAUCUGUUUGGGCAGACCUAGAGAGCUCUCAGGGAUAAAUACCCAUACCUCAGAGAUAAAAAUAAAACCACUUGCAGGCUGUUUAUUCAAAAUGCUUCUCCAUAUACCUGCUUUGAAAAGCACAGCCGUUCCUGUGUAAACAAUAACUAGACCUGUCUCAGUCCAUCAGAGAAAGCAAGCUUUUACAAGAUGUUACUUUAAAAGGAAGAAAUAGGAGGAGCACUGACUAAGGAAAGAAAGAUUUGGGUUGUUUUUAUUACUCCUUUGGGUCACUGUGGGUUACGGUAUGGAACUUACAACGUGAAUCAACUUUCCUGCUUGUUUUCCAGUUGGAUUACUGCGGCUGGCUGGAGGGGGAUCUGUGUUUGAAUUCAGUUAUUUCACUUUGUGAAUUACUAGCCCACUUUGAUGAAGAUCUGUUAUCUGGCAUCUCAACUCAGUCCAGUGACUUAAGACUCUUGACUUGCUGGAUCAGCUCCUUCCAGAUGCCCUUUGACACGUGAGUCCAAAUUUUUGCCUUACGGUUGGCCUUGUCGUUCAUGGAAAACAAAAAUCCCAGGUAAUGAUAGUUGAAGAUGCCAGCCCUCUGGCAAAUAUGCUGUGCCAAAAAAUCCAGAACUAAGCAUGGAAAAGAUGAAAUGGACAAUAUGGCAGAAACAAGUGGGAAAAUGCAGAUGAAGAAAGAAAUCACAUUAUUAAAUGGAGUUUCUUUAAUUGUAGGGAACAUGAUUGGCUCUGGGAUAUUUGUAUCACCCAGAGGUGUUUUAAUGUACAGUGCUUCCUAUGGACUGUCUCUAGUCAUCUGGGCACUUGGUGGGAUGUUUUCACUGUUUGGAGCUUUGUGUUAUGCUGAAUUGGGCACAUCCAUCAUUAAAUCUGGAGCCAGUUACGCCUAUAUCCUGGAAGCAUUUGGUGCCUUUGUGGCCUUCAUCAGACUCUGGUCAUCCUUGUUAAUUAUUGAACCAACAACCCAGGCAGUGAUUGCAAUCACAUUUGCUAACUACAUUGUUCAACCCAUUUUUCCUCAUUGUGAGCCACCAUAUGAUGCAGUCCGGUUGAUUGCAGCUGCUUGUAUAUGCUCCUUAACAUUUAUUAAUUGUGUUAAUGUGAAGUGGGGAACCCGUGUACAAGAUAUUUUCACGUAUGCAAAACUUCUGGCUCUGAUCCUGGUGAUAUCUGUUGGCCUUUACAAAAUUGGUAAAGGAGAAACAGAAAACUUGAGUGCUCCCUUCAAGGGCUCAGCAACAAACCCAGGGAUGAUUGCACUGGCUCUUUACUCUGCCCUCUUCUCCUACUCUGGAUGGGACACACUCAACUAUGUGACGGAGGAAAUGCAGAAUCCUCAGAGGAAUCUGCCUCUUUCUAUUGCAAUCUCAAUGCCUAUUGUGACUAUUAUUUACUUGUUGACUAAUAUAGCAUACUACGUAGUGCUGAACAUGUCAGAUCUCCUCACAAGUGAUGCAGUGGCUGUGACGUUUGGCAGUAAAACUCUUAGUUAUGCUAAGUGGAUUAUCCCUAUAGCAGUGGCCAUGUCUUGCUAUAGUGGCUUAAACUCAUCAAUAAUUGCAGCAUCUAGGCUUUUUUAUGUUGGAGCCCGGGAAGGACACCUCCCUGACAGUCUGAGCUUGAUCCAUAUAAAGUGCUACACACCAGUCCCUGCUCUCCUCUUCAAUGGCUUAAUGACUUUGCUUUAUCUCCUUGUGGAAGAUGUUUUCCUCCUCAUUAAUUACUACUGCUUCAACUACUGGCUUUUUGUGGGUCUGUCUGUUGCAGGACUAAUAUACUUGAGAUAUACACAGCCACAUAGACCACGACCUAUUAAACUUAGCCUCUUCUUCCCUAUAGUAUACUGUUUAUGUUCCCUUUUCCUGGUCAUAGUUCCUCUCUACAGUGACACAAUCAAUUCCCUUAUUGGCAUUGGUAUUGCCCUCUCUGGCAUUCCUGCAUAUUAUUUGGGAGUUUAUCUGCCAGUUGAAAAACGACCUAAAUGUCUACAGUGGUUAUCAGCUACAACAACAAAGUAUGUUCAGAUGCUCUUCUACUGUGCUCUGUCAGACCUGGACAUAGACGUGGAAUCCACAGCAGCUAAGAGUCAAUAAAGUUGCCUUGACAUUGAGAGUUGUGCCUUGAUAUUUUCUCUUUGGAGCAGUUUUUAUCAUCUGAAGUUCUCCCCAUGUGUUCAGUUAUACUAGAGCACUACUGCUGUACUCUGCAGCAGUUUGAUGUCUGCUAAUUU